AUGGCUUAUUUUACCUCAUCGUACUCGGCGAAGGUUGGCUGUGCCGUUGAGCCUCCCCCUGGCUGUACGAUACCCGCUGCGGCUUCCCCGCCCCCGCUACUAGACCGGACCGAGCCGAGGGAAGUAGCGAAGAUGCUCCGGAGAACCGCCAACACCGCUCUGGGCCCGGAUGGCGUUAAGUAUGGCAUCUGGCGCCGCCGUGACCCAUCUGGCCACGUGCUUUCCGCCAUCUAUAACAUCUGUCUGGCGGCCGGCCGCUUCCCGCCGUCGUGGAAGGUCUCAUCCACGGUGCUGAUUCACAAGAAGGGGGCCCCCGAUGAGAUCACCAACUGGCGGCCCAUUGCGCUGUCAGACACUGCAGGCAAACUGUUCUGCAGUGAGCUGCUGGCUGAGGCACGACGACGGGGUGGGGAACUAUGUGUAGCGUGGCUCGACCUGGCUAUUGCCUUCGGGAGUGUCCCUCACUCGGCUGUUGUGGCGGCAUUGCGUAGUGCGGGCCUCACGGAGGCCCAGCUGGCCCUAAUCAAAGAUCUGUACGAGGGGAGUGCUACGACCAUCAGGCACUCUGGUGGGGUCACUCCGGCCAUCUCCUUCCAGGCUGGAGUCCGCCAGGGCUGUCCUCUGUCUCCGGUGCUCUUUAACCUCGUCAUGGAGUACCUAAUCCGCCCAGUACUCGCAUUGGAGGGGGAGCACGGUGUGUCGCUGCACGGGGAGCGGGUCAGCGUGUUGGCCUAUGCCGAUGACCUGGCCAUCGUGGCUAGGUCAGAGGCCUCACUCCAGGCCUUGCUGGACUCCGCUUCUUCGGCGGCGACCUGGGUUGGCCUCAGGUUCAAGCCUGAGAAGAGUGCGACACUUCAUGUCGCCGGCAGAACCGUGAGGCCAACCGCGUUCACCAUUUACGGCUCCCCCCUCCGCGUCCUUGAGGAUGGAGAAACCUACGACCACCUUGGUGUGCCCACUGGGAUGAGAGGUGACCAGACCCCAGUGGCCACCAUUGCCAGGCUGGAAGAGGAGACCGCUAAAAUUUUUGCCAGUGGGCUCGCGCCAUGGCAGAAGUUGGACGCGGUCAGGACAUUCAUAGUCCCCCAGCUGGAUUUUAACCUCAGGACGGCGAGGAUCAGGAAGACCUCCCUAAAGGGGCUGGGCUCCUUGAUGAGGGCGGAAGGCAAGAGGACACUCGGCCUCCCCUCGCGAGCCAGCGUGGAGCUGGUCGAGCUCCCACCAUCGUGGGGCGGCGCGGGUCUGCUACCGAUUUCCGACCAAGCCGACUUAGCCGCGGUAGGGCAUGCGUUCCGGCUCCUAACAUCCCCUGACCCUAGAAUCUCCCGUCUUGCCCUGGAGGGCCUGGCCGUGUCUGCUGGGCAUCGCUCUGCUGACCGGGUCGACGUUGGACGACUCGUCGACUACCUCAACGGGGACGCGGCGGGGAAUUCCAACGUCACCACCACCUUCUCUGCGGCCCGGACGGCGAGGAACCGCCUCUCCAAGCGUCUGCCUACGCUCCGGUGGGGGUGGAGUGAGGAGGGGCGGACAUUUCAAAUGACGAUGCCUGGUACGGGACGGCCAAUCACCGUGGACGGGAGGAGCCGGAAGUCCUUGGCGUCGGCACUGCGGCGAGCACUGCAGCUCCACGGCCGGGCUACCCUUGCCGCGAAGCCGGACCAAGGCAGGGUGGCUCGAGUCGUGACGACUUGCCCCACCUCCAAUCACAUGAUGCGCGGAGGCCGACACACCCGUUUUGCUGACUGGCGGUUUAUUCACCGGGCGCGGCUGAACACCUUGCCGCUGAACGGGUGUCGGAGGUGGGGGAAUGAGGACCGCCGCUGCAGAAGAUGUGGAAGAUAUGAUGAGACGACUGCCCACGUGCUAUGUCACUGCCUUCCUAUGAUGCCUGUCAUAACAAGACGACACGACGCCAUCCUGGAACUUCUGACAUCGGAGAUCCGUGGGCACCCUCAGGAGGAGACUCGUCUGGACAAGAGGGUGCCGUUCCAGGAGCUGGUACCAGACGUGGAGGUCCCGGAGGAGGUGGCCAGCUGCCGACCGGACAUCGUGACGAUCGACCGGAGAAACAAGAUUGUACGUGUAGUCGACGUCACGGUGCCCUAUGAAGACGGUUGGCAGUCGGUGACGACGGCCAGGGAGAGGAAGGUGGAGAAGUACGCACCUGUGGCACGACUGCUCUCGGCUGGGGGCUACCGAACAACUGUAGACGCCUUCGUGGUGGGGUCCCUAGGCGCCUGGGAUUCCGCCAACUGGACUACCCUCAGCCGCCUGGGAGUUGAUCGCCGCAGGGGUGCUGCCCUGGCCAGGCGCUGCGUCUCCGAGGCCAUCAAAUGGAGCCGGGACAUUUACGUGGAGCACGUGACGGGCAUCCGGCAGUACGUGGGAUAG